ACCAAAUAGUGAAAUUUUUUCUUCAUGUUUUGCUAUCUGAGUGUUUUUUCAUUUCAUUUUCCCCUAAAUUUCUGUACCAUUUUUGGUUGGGUUUAGAGGGAAAAGGGCUAAUUGAUUAGCUUUUGUACUGCUUUUAACUGUUGAUCUUUGACUGGUUCCUUUAGUAGUAUCUUUCUUUUUUACUCUGCCUUACUUAUUUUUACUGUUUCGGGGGCUUGUUGAUUGAUACCCGGCAAACAGUUUUUCUCUUUCCUGAAGCUUGUAGAAAAGUGAAAGAUUGGAGCUUGAUUAUUGUGUGUUUAUUAGUGAUUUAUUGUCAUUAUGAUGAUUGUAAAAUGAGGAACUUUUGACCAUAGAAAAGAGAUCAGAAUAAAGUAAAGGGGAAGGAGCGUGGUGGUGAGAUGCAUAUGUGUGAGCUUGUUGGGGGGGAAGAAGAAGAAAAAAGGAUAUUUUUUUUAUUGCUUUAUAUUUUUCAAUGAGAGAAGAAUUGAGUGGAAAGACACCAAGUUUCACUCUUUUUUUGUAAUGUGGGUUGAAGGGUGCUUGUCAGUGAAGUGAAUUUAGAGCUUGUUUGGGGUUAGUGGUGGAGGGGUUUAAAAAAACUUUUCUUUUUGGUUCCUUGAGAAUCUGUGUUGCUUUUUUUUUUUGGAGGAAAAAGGGGGUGGGUUCAAAGAUGCCUAUGUUUCAACCCUCAAAGAGGGAUGGUGUUGUUGUUGCUGGAUUUGAUGGUAGUGGUGAUGGGCAAGUUCUAGAUCUGGAUACUGCUGUUAGAGAUGGGGUUUUGGGUGGUGGUGGUGGUGGAAUCAUUGGUGCUGGUGGUGGUGAGAAAUUGGAUCUAAAGAAAAUGAUUGAAGAGCUUGAUUUACCUGAGAUUCCUUCUGUGUUUAUUUGUCCAAUCUCUCUUGAGCCAAUGCAAGACCCUAUUACUCUUUGCACUGGCCAAACCUAUGAGAGGUCCAACAUUCUCAAAUGGUUCAAUUUGGGGCACUAUACUUGUCCCACUACAAUGCAGGAGCUUUGGGAUGAUUCUAUUACUCCAAAUAGAACCCUUUACCAUUUGAUUUACACUUGGUUUUCGCAGAAGUAUUCGCUCAUGAAGAAGAAAUCCGAGGAUGUACAAGGGAGGGUAAGUGAGCUUAUUCAGACAUUGAAGAAGGCCAAGGGUCAAGCCAGGAUUCAAGCCUUGAAGGAGCUGAGGCAAGUUGUGGCUGUGCAUGCUAUUGCAAUGAAAACGGUGGUUGAUGAAGGUGGAGUUUCUCUAAUCUCAUCCUUGUUAGGUCCAUUUACGUCCCAUGCCGUUGGUUCUGAAGCAAUUGCCAUCCUUGUCAAUUUGGAGCUUGAUUCAGAGUCCAAAACCAAUUUGAUGCUGCCAACAAAGAUUUCAUUGAUGGUAGAUAUGCUUAAUGAAGGGUCAGUGGAGACAAAGAUCAAUUGCACGCGAUUGAUAGAGAAACUAAUGGAGGAGAAAGAAUUUCGCUCUGAGAGCAUCUCUAGCCAUCGGCUAUUGCUCGGUCUAAUGCGAUUAGUGAAAGAUAAGAGGCACUCGAGUGGAAUCUUGUCUGGACUUAGCUUGCUUAGAUCCAUAUGCUUACAUAAACAAGUCACGAGUUUGAUUGUGAGUAUUGGAGCCAUUCCUCAAUUGGUUGAAUUGUUGCCUGCUUUGGAGCCUGAUUGCUUGGAAUUAGCCCUUUUCAUAUUGGACACAUUAUCGUCUCUGCCGGGAGGCAAAGCAGCAUUGAAGGAUUGCGGAAACACAAUUCCAAAUAUGGUGAAGCUUUUGAUGAGAGUUUCAGAAAGCUGUACACAAUAUGCAUUGUCAAUUCUGUGGGGUGUGUGUGAACUUGCCCCUCAAGAAUGCUCCUCAGUUGCGGUGGAAGCCGGUUUAGCAGCAAAGCUGCUGCUUGUGAUUCAGAGCGGUUGCAAUCCCGUGUUGAAGCAAAAGUCUUCGGAGCUCUUGAAGUUAUGUAGCCUAAAUUAUACAGACACCAUCUUUAUCUCAAAGUGCAAGCUCACAAGGACAAUCCAGUGACAAGUUAAAGGGUCUGCCAUAAUUGGUUCUUGAAACCUUCCAAGAAGGAUCAUACAUAUGAGAUAUGGGCUUUGAGGUAUGAAUUAGCUCUCCUGUACAUAUUAAGCACUUCAAUUCCAGCAAUUUGAUUCAACUUUUCAUAAAAGAACACUCAUAUGUGGAUAAGGAAAAAACACACAUUUCAUGCAGCAAUGGGAUCAUAUCAAGUUCUCUAAAUAAAACCCUGAAAGGAUAAAUGAUGUGAACAAAAUUGUUUCAUGUGGCAUGGAUUAUUAUAGGUGGGGUAUGUUGUUGGAUAGAAUAUAACUAUUUGUGCAAGACUUUGGAGCUUGCAAUCACAAUUGUAAUAGAUAAAUAAUUGCUUUGCUCCUUGGUCUUGGGGGGCCCUUAUUUCUCCCAAGUUGUUCCUAGGGUAGGGGCCUUGACCAAUUUUUCCUGUCUGGGUUUUGGCGGAACUUUUGCAUUUUUAGCUCCAAACAUUUGUAGAGGUAUUGCAGUUCCUAUGGA